AUGAAAGAUACCGAAGGAAGCUGUCACUGCGGGGCGGUGAAACUGCGCAUCCACGGUGAAAUCAACGAGGAUACCAAAGCAGGUAUCUGUCACUGCAAGGACUGCCAGUUAUUCUCCGGAAGCUUAUUCGCGUACGCAGGUAAAGUAGACCGGGAGAACCUGCAAGUCGUCCAAGGUCAACCAAAGUCGUACAAGCAACCGACGGACACGAGCCUCUCCGGCAAGCAAGUCACCCGGCACUUCUGCGGGGACUGCGGCACCCCGCUGUGGGUCGAAUCCGACGCGACUCCCACCAUCUACGCCGUCAAGCUCGCGUUGUUCGCGAACAACUUCGCGCCCGGGAUUGAGAUCUUCUGGCAGAACGCGCAUGAUUGGGAGAAGCCGAUGGCCCCUCCCGAAUUGGUGUUCGAUACCUUGCCAGCCAUGCCUCCGACCGCUUGA